UUGUGACUUUGAAAUUUGUAAUUAUGAGAUUUUUUGGGAAAAACGUCUUUUUUCUUCAUCUGUUUGCUCAAUACCGGCCAGAACCUCAUUGGCCUCUAAUAAUCAAAAUUCUUUACUACUUGGAAAGAUUUUGUUGCUAUGUUUGUUUCACAGCCACUUUGGCUUUUAGUGCAAUAGCGGUUGUUCUUGAUGAUACCGGAGAGAUUGCACACAGUGCUAUCAACAUCGUCAAUAUCCUUAUCUAUGCUAGUAUUGCUUUAAGGAAUAUUCACUUUGUUUACUAUUCUGAUGUCGUCGAAUAUUUAAUCAUGAGAAUGAAUACUGUGAUGCGAGAAAAGGCAUCUUUGGGUUUUGAACCAUAUACAAUGAAACAAGGUCGUACUGUAUCUAAUCGCAUGCACAAUGCUUGGAAUCUGUUCGCAAUCGGUGCUGGAAUGGGAAUGGCAUUAAGUCCGUUCUUCAAAAGAAAGAAAGAACUACCGUUACAAUACUGGUUAUUCUAUGAUUGGACUGAUGAUAGAUAUUAUAUGCCAACAUUAGUAUUCCAAACCAUGUCUCAGAUAUUCAUGGUUUCCUGUUUUGCUAAUAUUGAAAUGUUUAACGCAUGUUUUACUAUUUUAUUACGCUAUCAAUUCAAGUUGCUUGGUGAUGACUUCAAACACAUUUUUUCUAAUGCGUUACAUAAAAUAGGAAUGCCACGCACUGAUGUGGAAUAUUUUAUGAACAAUAGAGAAGAUAAAUUAUAUAUAAACAAAAUUCAAAAGAUUGCUGAUACUAAAGAAUUUAAAAGUGCUAUUCUGGAUAACUUAAAAUUUUGCAUUCAUCAUCAUCAAGAUAUGCUCACGUUCAAAGAUGAAUUCUAUGGGUUUAUUUCGUUCCAAUUGAGUACUGAGUUAUUAUUUUUAUUGGGUUAUUUAAUAUUUUCGUUAUUUACGGUAACAAUUACUGAUGAUCCCACCAUUUAUUUCGCUCUAAGUCAAUAUUUUGGUGGAACUGUUUGUCAAAUCUAUAUGAUGGGUGUUUUCGGGGAAAAAUUGACAAUGGAAGUGGACGAAUUAAGAAAUAUACUUUAUGAUCAACCAUGGUAUUUUUGCGAUAAAGAAUUCAGAAAGGAUUUCCUAAUUAUACAAAUGCGUAUGACAAAAAAUGGUUAUUUAAAAGCUGGGAAACUGUUGGAUAUGUCUUUAGAAACAUUUUUAGAGUUUAUGAAGAAAGCAGCAUCAUUUUUCGCUGUUUUGCGACAAGUUAAUGGAGAAGAUUAAGGUUUUAAUCCUGGCACUGCUAGAAAACUUUAGAAGUAGAGAUGAAUAUCUUAUAAAGUUUCAAUUGUGGCUUACAAGUGACAAUUGUAUUCUUUUAUUAAAAUCCCAAUUAGAUUUAGUCUAGCUACGCUGAAUUGAAAUUAUUACUUUCUGUAAUUACAGCACUUUUGAACUUAUUCCAAGGUGUCAACCACAGACUUUUUUACGACUUAUUAACUUUUAAAACACUUAUUAAGUCAUUAUACUUUUUCAUAACUAUACAUUUUUGUGACACCUAUAAAAGGUAAGUUAUGUUUCGAUAUUCUGUUUUACUCUUGACUGUGUAUUAUACAACAUAAUUAUAAAAAUGACAAAAGUGAAGAA